UGAUAGGAAUUUCUAAAAAAAAAUUACAAACAAUACCACCAUCUAUCGGAUGAAUGUGUAUGAACGAUAUCAUUUUUCUCAAUGUUGAUGAUGAUUGAUUCUUUAUUUCGUCAUGUAAACAAGUUUUUUAUUAUUAUCAAUCAAAAUUGUUUUUUUUUUGGCCUGAAUCCAUUUACACAAACGAAAUAAAAAUGAUAAUAAUAAAUCAUUCAAUUCAUCAAAUGUGUCUUUUAUUAUUAUUGUUGGUGAUGAUUAUGAUGGUCGACAUGGGAAAUUCUGAAAAUGAUCGAAUCAAAUUGAAAGAUAUUCAAACAUUAACAUUACAUUCGGAUCGUUGGACAGCCGCUCGUCGAACAUCACCAAUUCAACAAUUAACAUGUGUUGGUGACCAUUGUAAUCGUGUACGAAUCUAUUCCGCUCAAUGUUAUAAUCGUGGUUCGGAUGGUCGAUCCAUUCAAUGGGAAUGUAAAGCUGAUAUGCCUUCAAAAUAUAAAUUUGGACAAUUGGAUAUGUCAUGUGAAGGUUAUGAUUCAAAGGAUGAUGAAUAUAUUUUUGCUGGUUCCUGUGGUCUUCGAUAUACUAUUGUUGAACGUUCUGGUGGUCAUCAACAACAAGCCUUUCCAGGUGGAAAUUAUUUCAGUGGUCAUGAUCGAAUGAAACCAGCUACCAAAUCAACUAAGAAUGAAUCAUUUUCAUUCAUACCGAUUAUUGUUGUUGCAUUGAUCAUAUUUUUCAUCUAUUAUAAAUGUCUUCGAAAAAGUUCGAAAUCAAAUGAAACGGAUAAUUCCAAUACUGCUCGUCAUGGUUAUGGUAAUGAUGGUAAUCAAUUUCCAUUUUUCGCCCGACCUUCAGCACCACCACCACCUGGAUUUCGAUCCGAUUUAUUUCAACAAGAAUCACAACAACAUCAGCCACCGCCUCAACCAUCAAUGGCUUCAUCUUAUCCGAAACAUUCGGCUAGUGGAAGUAGUAGUAUAUGGCCAGGUAUGUUGGGCGGUAUGGCAACCGGUGGUCUUAUGGGCUAUUUAUUGGGUUCCAAUCAAAAUCGUACCGUACCGGACCAUACAUCUUCAUAUUUUGAUGAUGAUAAUAAUUUUGGUAGAUCAUCAACGGCCGAUACAUUCAUGAAUUCCAGUGGAGGAGGAUUUUUUGGUGGUGGUGGUGGUUCCAAUGAUGAUGGCGAUAUGGCCGAAUCGACUGGUUUUGCAUCCACUUCUGAACGUUAAUAAGCAACAGCAACGGCCGCUUGAUGAUAAUAUGUCAUCU